CUGAUAAGAAAUUUUUACAAUUACAAUAACGAAGAAAAGGUCAAGUUAUUUCUAGUUCAGCGUUAAUUUACGGUGUAUUCGUUUUUGGAAUAGUUUUAAACGUUAAAAUGAACACUAUACUUUCAAAAUCUCGCGUAUUGUUACGUGCAGGAGUGGUUUUCCAUUAUCGUCAACCAAUUCGAGGAGCUGUUCGACUGGACGUUGACUGGAUGCCUGGCCCUUAUCCGAAAAACGAAAAAGAACGUUUAGCUGCGGCCAAGAAAUACAAUUUGCUGCCAGAGGAAUACGAACCGUUGGAUCCGAAAUGGGACGUUGGUAUGGGAGACUACCCUGUCUUACCUAAUCGUAGUUUCGAUUGCAAAGAUCCGUACGGAGAUUACGAAUACAUGAGCGAUGCCAGACAUUUCGGACAACCAGUGCAUCAUGGUUGGGAAGUUCUUACGGGCCAAGGAAUGAAUUUAAGUCUAGAUAAAAAUCCCGAAUACUUCAGUUAUCCUAACGCCAUCCUCUUAACUUGGAUCAUGUGUUUACUAACUUAUUACUACACCGAAUGGGAUAAAAAUUUUCCUUUUAUUACUGAAAUAAAACCAUUGCACAAGCCAGGUCAAGGUGUACAUUAUCAUUAUCCUACUAGUGAUUUACAUAUGUACGAUUAAAAAAUAACCAGAUAUUCCAUUCUCUAAUAAUUGGAUACUGCUUUGUAAAACUUUGAAGCUUUGUACCAUUAAAUGUAUUUGUUGGCUCCUUGGCCGUUCUGUCGAACUAUUGAUUGAUUCAUUCAUUUCGUUAUAUCAAAGUACCGAAUGUAUAAGUACCUAUGUAAUAUUUUUCUAGAUUAAACGUUGUAUAUGGUAA